UCCACCCCCUCUGCAGUUCGUGAGACAGGGCUGAGCAAAAUUUAGGCCAGGCGCAGCAGCGCUUCCCCGUCUGAACCAGGCCUGUAGCGCCUUCCGAGAAUGCCACAGGAGUUGCAGAAUUCCACCGAGUUGUCGCGGAAUGAGUAGCUGCAAGUAUCCAGUUGAGAGCUGCCAGGGCCAGGCUUGUGCCAAUGCUCAGAGCUCGUACUUGAGAGUCACUGCUCCGUUUUUCUCCUACAUUGAAGAAUCGUUCUAUUGUUGUGUAGUGUGUCCAUCGCAGGGUUGAGUUCUAAUGUGGUUGUGUGUUUUGCCAAGUGAGAUGUACCAAAUGUGUCACCAGUGUGUCCUCGAUCGUCGAAUUCGUUGAAAUUUAGCAGUCAUCUUCAGCAUCGACAAAGCUUUAUCGAGGUUGACGGGAAUCAGGGUAAUUGUGUCGUCAGUUGUAUCCCUAUUCCGUCGUCUGAAGAAAUAUGAAACAGGUCGUGAUUGAACGAACUAUGAUGAUUUGUCUACAGUCACCAUUUCGGAAGGAUUGCUGUGAAUUUAUUUUUCAAAAUUUAUGUAAUUGAAUUCUAGAGCAUUACUUAUAGUUUGUUUUACUUUUGAAGUGAGGACCUGCGUCAAUAAGAGCCGCGAAUCAGUAGCACUGAAGUGAUCCAGAACUGCCGUUUGGAAUAGCACGAUUGCUGCAAUUUUGAACAUGGCUGGCUUUAGAGACUUUUUGCUGAAUGUGCUAAGCUUGUAAAUCUUAUUAACUUCGUGAUCAUGGGAAGAUUUCGACAGCUGAGUUCCAUUUGUGGGCGAAAAACACUCGGAUUUUGAUAAGAGAACAGUUAGGUAAAGAUUUACUGUAGAGAUGACAACCAGGACAGCCUGCAAGUCGAUAGUCACUGCGAUGGCGAUAGCAGGACAAGCGUCGCGGGCCUGCGACGUAUGCAUGAACAAGAGUGCACGUUGGUACUGCGGCGCUGAUAGAGCAUAUCUUUGCGAGAAGUGCGACAUACAAGUGCAUUCUGCUAAUGCUCUCGCCCAGCGACAUGAGCGAGUUCCACUCACUCCGAACGCAGAGUCAACCAUAUUAGCUCGAAAAGACUCUCCUGACACCAAGAAUGCGAAAGAAAUACUGUUACGAAAACCAACCAUGUCUAAGAAGCUGCAAGCACCUCCAGUGAACGUGUUGCCAUCCAGAAAGCGAUUUAGGACCUGUAGGCUUCAUCCUUUUCGUCAAGCCAAGCACUCUCCUGGAGCCAAACAUGCUCCCAACCAGCUGGAGGAGGGAGAUGCGAAGAUGAAGGAAGACCUCUUGAUGUUUUCAGAGACUUUUGAAACCGAGAAUUUCCUGGUUGAUGUUACCCAAAAAGUGCCAUCACUUAUCGUGGUGAUGCAGGAUUCCUCGCCAUCGAGCUCGGAGUUGGAUGUUUGUUCAGACUUCUUCCAGGAGUUGCGCAGUGACUCUCAAGAGGUUAGAAGCUCUCCAUGGUCGGACUCUUUAGCCGCGUUCUUCAAAGGGAAAGCUGCCCAAGAAGAUUGCUUCCCUGACGAUGACACAUCAGACCAGUUCUUUUUACCUGAUGCAUUUGACGACGGAAUCAACAUUUGCUGCGACAUGGAUGGCAACAUUAGCGUUGCCGGAGAUGCAUGUUUCAUUUCUAAUGAUAUUCCCGGACUCAGCGGGUUUGAGGAUUUUGGCUCACGAGAAUUUGUCGGCGAUAGUUUGAGUUUUGACUUUGCUUUUCAUGAUACCUUACCGAGGGCCUUUGAAGGAGUUGGCGCGGAUACCUCUGAAAUGGGAGGUAUUUCCUCCAAAUAUAAUCUAGUCGGAGCAGAAAACGACCAAUUUCGCACUGGUCCUUUCGUUAAGUUUUUUUCGAAAAUUCCGAGGAAUGAGAAGAAGAUGCAUUUGACUCCUGAGAACAUCAAGAAAGAAGCCAAGGAGAUUUUGCUGUGCUGCCGGGAAGGUCUAAGUGAAGUAAACUUAGGCCUAGCUCCCACGCUGCGAUUGAAUUAUGAAGACGUCAUUACCGCUUGGUCCGAUAGAGGCGAGCCUUGGUUCUAUCCCCAUGAUUGUACCUCGGAUGCCACGGACGCUGGACUAGUGCCUGACAUGGCGCAGGAAGGCGCUGAUGAUUGCCAAGGAAGCCGCGAGGCUAGUGUGAUGAGAUUCAAAGAGAAAAGGCGGAGCAGACUCUUUUCGAAGAGAAUCAGAUAUGAAGUUAGGAAGCUCAACGCCGAAAAGCGACCUCGAAUGAAGGGUCGGUUUGUAAAGAAAAAUAGCUCAGGAUUCGACUUUAGACUCGAUCCAUUUCUAAGCUCCGAGACGCACGUUUUAGCACAUCCUCAUUAGCUUUCAUUCUACAACAAGAUGUGUUGAAGACUAUAGUAAAAUAAUACAUGAUUAUCAUGCCUGGUACAAGUGAGGUGGGAAGCUUGAGUUUAUGAAGAGGAUAUGUGCUUUGUAUUACACAUAUUCGUUGUCAUCAGAAAAUGAUAGGCCAAUUUGUAGAGUAGCACCUCCACCUUAACACCAACAGACAAUUUUGGUUGUUGUAAACUUCAUGAUAUUAGUAGAAUAUCUUAUUAUCGUUCUCAACAUUCAUAAAAACAUCUUUAGAAUUUUAAAACGAUCAAAUUUAAUAAUGGAUUUUUUAAUUUUAUU